CAGUCCAGUCAGUCAACGGUGGGUUGAUUGUUUGUUUGUUGGCUGAAGUUGUUUUCAGUCUGAAACGAAUUGUUGUGAACGAUGGACGGAAGAGCAAUUGGCUGCGUUUAGAAUAUUUCAGCGGACUUGGUACAUUAGUUUUUUUGAUGUGUGUGAUUGAGUUGAUGGGGCAAAUAGAAUAGCCAGUGGCAUAGAAUCGCAGAGUCAAUGUGUGAUGAAGUACAGUGACAGCUAGCCAGACAGACGGCAGGUCGGUAGAUAAUCAGAUAGAUAGGCAGUGAAGCUUGAAGAAAACAGCGCAAGAAUUUAGGGAGAACAACCGAAAAGGGUGACGUUCGAAACUGGUAAAAGCCGGUGAUUUUCGUAUGCAAUAAAUGCGAAAAAAGUGAAUAAAGAAAAAUUGUGAAAAUACUGACAUUUUUUGUGAUUUAAGAGUUUUGGAGUAAAAUUCUUUCAUAUAUAAUAAAUAAAGAGAAUUUUUUCGCGUUUUUUAUAGCAAAAAAUCCGCUUUCAGGAAAAAAAAUUUACGUGAGCAAUUGUUGCGUUAAGUUUAUGCGCCUAAAAGUCCAUAAAGUCUGGCAAUAAACCGGCACACACAUAUGUACAUAUGUAUGUAUAAACACGCCAAACACGCAUAGUUAAAGGAUAAGUGAAGAGGAUAUAAGAAUUCAGGAGCACACAUACAAAAGGCAGUAAAGCCAGCAGAGAGACAAAGGUUAAGUAGUGUCGAAAAGGAAGCUUCACCUGUCAGUGUAGUGUUUGUAUGUGUGUGUGUGACUUCAUACGCCUGAAUAUUUGGGUGUCCUUAAAAAAAUUUCGGCUACAAGCAAAUCAAAAAAUCAAUCAAAAUUCCAACUAAAACUGAGUGCAUCGAUAGUCUCUAAAAAAAUAUAUGUUUUUGUAAAAGUGAAUCUUCGAAAAAGAGACUUCCACCGAAAAGUGCAAUAAUAGAGUGUCGAAAAACGAAAGUUUGUGAAAUUCUCCAAAGCAAAAAUAUUUCGAAAUUCUGAAUACAAAACACAGCAAAAGUAAAAACUACGAGUCAAAUUAAUAGCAGGCCAAGCGCUAGACAACACUAAACCUCCCCCAAAAAAUAGCAUAACACCCCCACAAAACAGCAAACAAACAAGCUGCCAGUGACGACGACGACGACGAAGGAUCAAAGCAAAAGGAUAAUUUGGUAGCGUGUUGCGCGCCGCGGUGGUGUGCCGUACCAAAACAAAGGCAACAAAAUCAAAAUUGCAAAAACAAAAAUACGAAAAACGGAAAUAAAACUCGACGUGCAACGUGUCCGAUAAAAUCAAAAGUAAGCAGCUUCAUAUCGCACAGACAGCGGUCGUUGUGUUUAGCAUCUGUCUCGUGGCUGCUGUGGCCGGAUAAGCACGAAAGAAUUUAAUAACAAAAACAAAAACGUAGAUAAUAAAAAUACCUUUUUUUCAAUCGCCGGUAACAGUGGAAUUGUGCAGUGCAUUAUACUUUCCUUUUUAUAUAUAAUAUCUGUGUGUGGUGUGUGUUUGAUAGCACGCGGUGCUGUCUAAUACCUGAAAAUUAAAAAAAAAAUCGAUUUGCGCCCACUUACGUGUACUUCUGCGGGAAUAUAUGCUGAAGAGACGAUAAAAUAAUACAAAGACUGCGACUUUUGUAUUUUUUCACAAUCAAAAUCUUAUAAACCAGCAAAUCAAAACUAGCAACUUGGAAUUAAUGAAAACCAUUGACUGAUUUACUCUGCCAAAAACCUAGCAAACGACCUACCUACUAAGGUCUUAAAAUAUAUAAAAAAUUUAUCAAAAAGUAGUUAGCAGCGAAUAAAAUUUAUAAAAAACAUUUUUUAGCUUUUUAUAUAAAGCGAUUAUUUGCGCUAACAUUUAAAAUAAAAUAUCUGUGACAUAAAAAAUUACAAAAAAAAAUAUAACCACAGAAAUAAUAAAAAAUUACCGUCAUCAUAAUCAAAAUUCAAAACAAAUAAAUAAAUAAAAAGUGAGCAGAACGCAAGCAACAAAUUACUAAAUAAUCAGUUCCACGUCAUUUGACGUAACUUUUUCUACCAACAAUUAUCAACCAAAAACACACACACUCAUCAACAACAACUUCGACUCGUCAUUGGCACCACGCGAACGCAAAACGUUGCAACACCAGUAAGCUAGAAAGGAAUGCAGCGCUGUCCCUAUAUACAUGAGAUGCGAGAACGUUUACUGAACGAGCAGCCGCGAGAAUCAGUACCGUUACAACAAAUGGAGCGCGCAAAUCUACUAGACAAUCGACAAUCGGCUGAUUCGAAUCAGGUCGGCACAGUGGUCAAGCUGCAUGCCGAUGGCUAUCACACAAGUCCAGCACAUCAGCGAACGCCGCUAGUGCCGCGCGAUCUGGGCGAGGACUUCAAUUUGGAUUUUGACGAUGACUUUCCGAUCGAUGCGCGUCGGCCAAAAAAUGCCAAGGUUUGCUAUUCAAUAAAGCCAAAUCCAAAUCGAAGCUUUCUACCAGCUAAAAUCACCGUGCAUGGCACAUAUCAAACUAACAUAAUAACCGGACCAAUUGAGCUAUGGACAUCGCUUUUCAUCGUCACCAGUUUGGUGUAUGCCAUCAUUUUGAUUGUUGUCUGCAUUGCCUAUGUGAUUAGCGAUGUGACAACCCACCGUCUGCCCGUGCUCUACUAUGAAACAUUCUUUACGUACUUGUAUGGCGUCAGCAUACUCUUCCUAUUGUAUGUAUUUUGCUUCCUGCUGCAGGAGAGUUCCUGCUGUAAUGGCGGCAGUAAACCGAAACCACCACCAAAGGAGAAAAAAUCCAAGAAGAAAGUACCAGAUCCAGCCGAUUCGAAGGAUGCGAAGGGUUCCAAGGAUUCUGGCAAAAGCGGCAAACCGAGUCCAUACCAGGAGCGCUAUCCGGUUAAGAAACGUGAUCUGGUGCGCCAGUCCUUGUCGCUACAGGAUUCACAAGCUGAAGCCGAGGUCGCUGUCACCACAAAGAAUGUACGCAAACGCAAGACAACACACAGUGAUCCCACACACGGCAGCUUCUUCUUGCGUGUGGGCGCGAUUGCCUUUGGUUUGGGCGGCAUGAUCUACAUUGGACUGGAGUUUGGCUCUUUCUUCGAGAUUCCUUUCGAUUCACCGUGUCAUCACAUUUUGAUUGGCGUAAAUCCCUUGUUGCAGAUGAUAUUCACCUUUAUGCAGAUGUACUUCAUAUUCAUGAAUGCCAGACUCAAUAUCCAUCGUUUCAAGGUGAUUGCACGUUUUGGCCUCAUGCAUGUUGUGGCCACAAAUAUUUGCGUUUGGAUACGUACGUUGGUCAAGGAAUCACUACUCGAAAUCACACUUUAUCAUCAACGUCGUGAACCCGAUCCCGAAGCCUCGUCCAUUGCCAAGUCCAUACGUCAACACGCACUACGUCAUGCUGGUACAGUUCUGCGCACCCACGCCGGUCCGAAUGAGGAAUUUGAGGUGCUGGACGGCGAGGAUUUACUGCCCGCCAAUGCCUACAAAACCGACAAUGUACUCUCGAAAUUGGUGCGCAAAACUGUUGAUGGCAUCUCCAAGUCGCUGGGCAUGGGCGCUGCUGCCGGCGCUAAUGCCAAUGCAGCGCUCACCACGCUGCUCACAUCCACCACCAAACCAUUGACCUCAACCACCACCACCACCACCACUACCACUACUACCCAACGUCCCUAUUUCACCACACCAUCGUAUCAGUGGCAAAGCACUACUAUGGCACGCAAGUUGAAGAAGUUUAUCACGAGCACAACAGCUGCCACGACCACCACAUUGGGCACAACGCCUACCACACCAUCGACCACCACAAUGCUGGCGAGCAGCCCUAUUACCACCACGACAACAACAACUACGACCACUGAGACACCCUUCCGACAUCACUUUGAGCACUCGGCAUUUACGACUGCUGCCCCAAGUGUCGCCACCGAUUAUCUGACGUCUUCUACACAUGGCGCGGCAGCCGACUUAGCUUCAACCACCGCCGAAUCGGUGUCCACCAAUUUUGGUACGGGCAUUGCUUCGUUCUUUAGUAAUUUAGUUUCGUCCACGCCCAGCACCACGGUUACCACAAGCACACCCUCUACCACCACCGAGAAUGCAUUGAAUGUAAUGACUAAUUUGUUGGGUCCUGGCAUGAAUAACUUCCAAACCUAUUCGGAAAUCUCGCACCCUGAAUCGACUGGCGUUGUGAGCUUUGACAGUUUGGAGAGCCUCGAUAAUAUCUAUCCCGCCGCACUCUCCUCCAACAUUGGCACAUUGAAUUCGACCGCUUGCGGACGUGUCGAUAUUAUGGGUACUAUUGUCUACGACUCAGCACCCUUCCUGUAUCCCUUCAUUAUCGAAUAUUCGCUAAUCGGUGCGGUUGUUUUGUAUGUAAUGUGGAAGCAUAUUGGCCGCUAUCCGGGUCGCAUGAACGAUGAGGAUUUGGAGCAUCGUUUGGAAGUGAUGUUGUCGCGUCGCGCUGUCGCAAUGGCUCAUCAGGCACGUUCGGGACGUGUCGAUUGUGUGGGUUCGUCAAAAGGGUUAUUCUUUGGUCUGUUGUUGUUGGUAGGUGCUUUGAUUUGCCUGAUACUCUUCUUCGUCUUGGUGCGUCAUCAGCAGUUCUCGCUGCUAGCAAUUUACCUUGCCGACGCAAGUCAUUGCAUACUCAUGGCCUUCGCCGUGCUCGCCAUAAUCAUCGGUUUUAUAAGAGUUAAAAAUCUGAAAUUCCGCUGCGAAGAGCAAUCCAAUCUCAAUGACAUUCUGCUACGCAUCUCAGCUUUCGGUCUCUUCACCUAUUCGAUAUUUGGCGUCAUCGCCGGCAGUUUGAAGGCGCUCGAAAGCGAACCGAAUCUUCUAGUCAUGACCACAAGCGCCGUCGCGGUAUUCCAGGUGAUCUUGCAAUUACUCUUCAUUGCCGAUGUUUCACGUCGUCGCGUCCACUUGCCCGAGCAUGAUCGCAGCAAACCGGGCCGUCAAAUCGUCACAUUCCUGCUGAUCUGCAAUGUGGCUAUGUUUGCUAUUUACACAUUUGAAGCUCAAAAAGUAUUUGCCAAUCCUGUAAGUAGCUAUGUUCAACUUGACUUCUACGGCUUUGUGCCAUGGUCAAUAAUUCAACGCGUCACACUGCCACUCUGCAUUUUCCAUCGUUUCCACAGCGCCGUAGCACUGGCUGAGAUCUGGAAGACAACGUACAAGGCACGUUUGGAGUAAGCAGUUGCCGAGAAAGCACCAAAGAGAAGCUAAAAACACGUUGGAGCGCAACAAAAUGGAGGCGUAUGUAAUGCCCAGUGAACGAAACUGCCAAACUGCGAAAAAGGUACCAAAAAACACGAAGCAAAAUCAUAAAAUAAACCAAAAGAGAAAUAAAGAGAAGUAAUUGGGGCGCCACGAAGGAGCAAGCAUAAGAGUAGAUGAAAAAAAAAUUGAAAAUAAUAAAAACAAUUAACAGUAAAAGCAGCUUAAACAAUGAAAAUGUAUUAAAAAGUAAGUAUUUGCAAUAUGUAAGUGUGGAAGGAGAAAGAGAGCGUACAAGAGAAACGGCAAAAUGUAACCGUAAAACGAAGUCUAACUUGCAGUUAAGCAUUUUGGAAAAUGAACGUUUAAACGCAUACCACACAUAUACACACAAAGCCACAUAUACAUGCAACACAACACGAACAUAACUUCAUACACUGAGCGAAAUAAUAGCAGAGCAAAAAGAAAAAGUAAUUGAAAAGCAGCAAAUGAAAUCAAUGCAAAUUAAACGAUUAAGGCAAAAAUCAAUUUAUGCAUUGUCGUCUGACUUCGUGCAGACAAACAGAGUUGUAUAUUUAAGUGUAAUGUUAAGAUUUUACUUAUUAAUUAUUACAAAGAAAAAAAAUUUGAAAAAAAAACAACAAACAUAACAAUUAUUAAUUAUGAAUUAUAGUUAAGCGAGUACAAUUUGUAGAUUUUCAUGAUAAAAUUUAAUUUUUAAGUCAAUGUAAUAUUUUAUUUAUUAUGCAUAAUAAACUGGAGGACAACAAUUUAACAACAACAACAGCAAAUAAUAAAAAUAAAAGUACUUUAAAUGCAAUUUGUUGUUUUGUAGGGAGUACAUAUUGAGAAAAAACAUUAUUAAUUUUUUCUUAACAACAUUUUCCUUUACUGCUAGGCAGCCAAUGCGAUAUUUUUAAGUGCUAAGUCAUAUUUAUAAAAUACGCCGUAGAAAAUGCGCGCGGCACGGCAAGCAGCGU